AACCCAUAUAUAAACCCUAACACCCUACACUAAAUCAUAUUCCUCAUCAUACAAUCAUUUCCCUACUCAUCUUCUUCUUCUUGUUGUUUAUUUUCCCAAACCCUACUUACUUCCAUCUGAAUAGUACUACUUUCUCAAACUUCGAGAGAGAAUUAGUUAAAAGAAAAUGUCAGGAGUUUGGGUAUUCAAGCAAAAUGGUGUAAUUCGUCUAGUCGAGAAUCCGGCUACUAGCAAGGUACUUGUUCAUGUACCGACGAAUCAAAAGAUAAGAUCUUAUUCUCAGCUGGAACGAAUUUUAACUGCUUUAGGUUGGGAAAGGUACUACGAUGAUGCCGAUCUUCUCCAAUUUCACAAAAGAAAUUCGAUUGAUCUAAUCUCUCUACCUAAUGACUUUUCCAAGUUCAAAUCGACACAUAUGUAUGAUAUCGUUGUCAAGGUCCCUGAUACAUUUCAUGUCCGUGACACGUAAUUGCUUCUAUAUAUGUUAGAAACGGACACCUCUAUAUACAUAGACACGGUAUACAAAUCAGGUGCCGAUUGUUACUUUUCAUGUCAAAUAGUUAGGUUUGAAAGUAGCUCUUCAAAAGAGCUGAUCAUGUUUUUUCUUGUUGUUCUUUUCUUCUUCUUCUCGUUGUUCUUGUUCUUCAUCUACCAUUGGAAAAUCGAUGCUCUGAUCAGAUGCAUACAAGGAUGGUUCAAGCAAUCUGAUCUUUUAAAUUUCACACUCUGGUCUUAACUACUUAAGUUGGGUUGGAAAUGUUGGUGUUUGGAGCUAAAAAUGGGUUUUUGUGGAAUCAUAACCCUAGUUUCCUGUCUUCUUCUCUUUGCAUGCUUAUAGAGAAGAGCUGUUUGUUUUUGUGUGAUAUCUGUAUAAAGUUUGUAAAAUAUUGUGUAUUUGGAGUUUGGAGAUCGUGUGAUGAUAUGGGGCUUAAACCUAAACCUGUUUUGUAGUUUCUAUGAAUAGUUAAAUAAGUGAUCAAGUUGUCUAUUUUCUAUUUAAAUAUGUGCGGCCUUUUCAAGUGAAUCACAGAUUGCAUGAUGAUGUAUAUUGUGAGAUGUAAUCCUAACUAUGUUUGAUUGAUUAAUUUAAUCCAAGUCAAGUUUGAUAA